ACGAGCGAACGGCUAUAAAACGCGGGUGGAUAACUAGUCGGUGCAGGAUUUUCGUUCGGAAGUUUCCAAGCAUCCGGCUACGUAUUGGUAAAGACGUGUGAACAAUUCUUUCAUUCCCUUUUCAAAACUUAAGACGGGAUCACCAUGAAUUUCUGGACCGUUCUCGCCGUUUGCGGAUUGAUGAGUAGCGCCUUGUUAGUGGAGGCCAAAUCAAAAACCUUCCGCGAACUCAUAACGAACAAAGCAGUCGGUUCUUGCGUGGGUCGAUGUGGCCAGUCCGGAACCGACUCAACUAAGCCGUGCCAAUGUAACCUGUCAUGCCAAACAUACGGGGACUGUUGUGAUGACUUCCUUGCUACAUGUAACACUUGCAAUGGACGCUGCUCUACAUCCUACAAUAACAAGUGGCCUUGUCAAUGCAAUGUCGAAUGCCCAUCCUACGACAAUUGCUGCGCAGAUUAUGAUGCUUUAUGCCUAGGAGUUACAACAACUGUGAAAACCACUCCUACAACAACCACCACUACAGUUGCAACGACCACACCAGAAAGCUUCACUUGCCCCAACGAUCUGUUCGGCAGAUAUCCUAACCCAAACGACUGCCACUCGUACUACGAAUGCCUUGCUGGGCAGGAAUAUCUCAUGAAUUGUCCACCUGGCCUCUACUACAAUCCGGAUUUACAAGUCUGCGAUUACCUUGAUAAUGUUCCUUCGUGUCAAUAAAUAAAUCAUAAAUAGACUGGUAGCUACCG